GCCGUGAGUAUGCAGUGUGCUCUCUAAUACCAAUUGUCCAGUAUGUCAUUCCUUAUCCGGAGAGCUCAACGCUUCGCAGCCAGGUCCCAGGCUGGCCUCACAGCAACACGAACACUAUCCUUCGCAACGCCCACGCAUGCCCAAGAUCAUAUCUCGGCGUGGAAGGAGUCACAAGACGUCGAAAAGAAGGAUGAUAUCGUGAGAGAAACAAACGAGUACAGCAAGACGGGAUCAGACGACCAGGUCGCACAGGAUGUCGAAACUGCCUUUGGGGCCAAGCAUACAUCGCCAGAGGCACAAUUAGACCAAGCAGCUGAGCGGAGUGCAAAGGGCAACCCUCUCGACGUAUCUCCUGCCAACCCCGAAGUCAGCAAAACCUCAGCACAACGACCCGAACGCGUCGACUUGAUGGCGGAGAAAGGGGUACCGCGGCAGUGUAGUGGUGCGGGCAAGUCCAUAAAAGGCGGCAAGUGCAGAACAUAUGAUACGGAAGAGAACCAAGAAGUGUUUGGAGCCGGCGCAGCUGGGUAGAAAGGAUCAUGUGUAUUAAUUACUAGCUAACAGAACAGCUAUAGCCGCAGCGAGCCAAAAUCAAACCCCAAAAGCAGAA